AUGGAUAACAUACGUCAGUCUUCUACUGUAAGUAGAGUAAUUAAUAAUUUUUCAGAAAAUCCACCUGAUAUUCUUGAUUGUUAUAAAGAUAAAUGGUCUUGGAGUAAAGUAAAAAUGAGUAUUGGAAAAUUUUUUGAUAAAUUUAAGAGUGUUAAUGAAUAUGACCAGGUAAAACUGAGAAAUGACAAUAAAUCUCAGACAUCACCAAGUUCGAUAGAGAAAAUGAUAAUACAGGAGAGACUUGCGAGGGAUUAUCAGCGUGAAUUAAAGAGACUUUGCGAGCGUAAUUUUUGUCAAAUAAAAAUGCAGGACCCAUGUGAGAUUUGUUGCUGUACACCAUGUGAAAUGCCUAAAGAAGAUCCAUGCCAUGGUGUAUCUAGAACGACGCGUCCUCCAAAGUGUCAAUGCGGGAGAGCGGUGGUCAAAGAAAAAGGAUGCUGUGAUGCUUGUGAAAAUGCUCUUAAAAGAAUUUAA